CGGCCGGCUCAGUUCAGGUUGACCCCGCGAGCAGUGCGCCGCGCUACCACACGAAGCCACACCGCCGACCAAACCUCGUGACGCGCUCGCCGAAGCUUUAGUUGACGAUCUGUUCUCGCGCAGGAACCCCGUCCGUCGGUCUCCCGAUCCCCGGCCCGCGAGUUUUCUUUUCACGAAUUCCUCUCUCAGUUUUCGGUGUUUUCAUUCCGCAAACAUUCCAGCCUCGGCUCGGACUCUAGCCGGUUUUCGUCUCCACACACUCGGAAAUAAAAACACUGCGUGUGUGCGUUUCGUCCCGUGUUUAUUUCUCGUGCUUCGAUAAUAUUUUCGCGUGGAUUCUCUCCGGCCAGUGCGGUAUCAGUGAGCUCUGAUCUGUCCCGGUUGUGCUGUGACAUGUAUUGACAGUGCUGUGCGGUGUGAAUCUACAGGUGUGUGACUCCGCGGUGCCUCUGUGCUUUGCUUUGGUGCUUUCCCCAAGGAUUUUAGUUGCUCCCUCACGUUGGAAUAUCCUCCCCGGACCCGCCGUGGACACAACGCUACUUACGUGGCAUGUUACCGGAGCAGCCUUGGGUUGAUUUUGAAUAAUACACAUGUGCCCUAAAAUCUGUAUCAAUGGACGGCUCCCUCCGGUGCCAAUAAGCAUCUAACACCCUCAAAAUGGAGCCACAGUCUACAUCCUAGUUGCAACAUAAAGAGCCCGCAUCCUGAAAAAUGAAGCUGCCUAACGAGCUGGUGACUGACAUGAAGCUGAUGUCGUCCAUUUUGGAUCGGUCAUCCAGCACGUACAUCAUUUUGUUGGGCUCCAAAAUUGGCAAAGAGGACAUACGGCCUAUUCCCGAUUCCGAUGCGAUCAACGAGGAAGAUGAGAAAGACACUCUGGCUUGCCAGAAUUUGUCGAACUUACUCUCUCGAAUUCAGAUUUCUGAUAAGGAUUCUGUCGGAAUCACAAAAGUGGACGAUCUUAUCUCGCGGAGCCCUGCCCGAUCUAGCGUCAACUACAAGAAGACAUCACGGCAGAGUUUGCAGCCCUACCCGGCAGCCGCCGACCCACAUCAUCAAAGGCUCGCUGCCAUCAAAACUGGCGACUGCUACCUUACCUCUUCUUUACUUGCUCAAGAUUGAUUUAAUCGAUCAUUUAAAGAGUUUUGAACCAAAAAGGGAACGAGGAAAACUAGAAAAAAUUUAUGCUUGUAUAGAGAGGUUAAAAAGAGAAGAUCUAUCCCGGCAUCUGGAAGAAUACGACACCAAUGGGAUGACUUUGCUCUAUUAUGCCGCCCUGGAAUGUCAUAAGUUUCCUGUGAUUCCUCGAUACAUAGCAGACAGCAUCGUUGAUGUGAACAGAAACCCAGAUCAGAGUUUUGCUCCUGAUAAUAACUCUCUUUUACACAUUCUUGCUGGCCUGGGAGGAUCAUAUUUAAACGUUUUGGCAGAGCUGCUCAAUGUACGGAACUCUUCACAUGUUCCUAUUUUUAAUCUUAAUAAACAGAACUCCAAUGGACACACACCACUUCAUUCGGCAGUUCUUGCGCAUCAUCCACCGCUAUUGAACAGCGUAACAGUUGUGAAAAUACUUGUAAAGUACGGUGCAAAUCUUGACGCUCAGGAUCAUAAUGGACAGAGACCUCUUCAUCUAGCAAUACUGAGUUCCUGUGACCCAGUCCUUAUAAAAAUUUUGCUCCAAAAAGGCUCUGCAGACACUGUGGCAAGUUUGAAUUCUGUUGAUCUGAAUGGUGACACUCCCCUCCAUCUGGCAGCGGGCAAAAAUGAUCUCCCUCUUUCAGUUCAAAAGGAAGUUAUUAAACAGCUGACGGAUAAAGGAGCAGUCUCAAAAUCAAACCAACAGGGUCACUUACCUGUUCAUUUCCUAGCCUUUGAUCGAAAGCAGGAACUUCAAGCUCUUCUGCAGCGGAAAAAGUGAUCACUGAUUCAUGAAUAAUUUUGGACGAAUUAUCCCUGAAAUAAAUAUGAUCUCGUAGAAUGAAAAAAUAGUCAAGAUUUUGUUGUUGUGUUAUUUACUUUAUGUUCUUGUGCAAUUUACCUAAUGUUGUUAAGUUUAUUAAAUUAGGUGUCACAUUUCUUUUCUUACACAUACAUUGAUAAGUUAUCUAGACAAAUUAAAAAAGAGCUGAUAUGCAGUCUCAUACAGUCUUGUCGAAAGAAUUGAAGCCUUUUUUGGCAUAAAAAUGAGUUCUCUCCUCCACAACGUGCUUAUUCUACACUAAAUCCUCCGGAGAAGCAGCUGUUCAAUAUUCACUUUUUUCCUCGAUGAAUUUUUUGAAAAACUGUAAUCACUCCUUCAAGCAACUUAUCUUGUACAAGAAAAUUGCUGCAAUGUUAGUUUGGUAUACUUACUCUGUCUACUAUUUUCUUAUGAUGAAGUCUGCAUUAUGUUAAAUGUGUAUCUUGUUUACUUUAUCAUCCAUCACUUUCAAAAGUUUGAAACUUGUUACACAAUGACUCUAGGCAAUAUUUCAGUAUCGCAUCAGGUUUUUCUUAAGUAUCAGUGCUGCAAAGGCACUAUUACAGUCAGAUAAGUAGUUCUAUGAGAGAAUCUUUCAGUCUCAACACAUACGUUUGAAGGACCACACCAACUCUGACUUUCUCUGUAAUCCUGUGUAUCCAUUCCUUUUCCUUCUUUACUUCUAAGAUUACCGAAUUUUUUCCAGUUUCGCCUUGAAUUCCUUCAAAUCAUGGUUAGCAUUUUAAACUUCCGCCACCACUGAUUUUAUGAGAAGCAAGAAAAGAAAAACAACUAAGAUUUAAUUUUUCAAAUUGGUAAUCUUACUUCUUUAGUUUCAAGUUUGUAUGAGCCUGAAACUAAAGCAAAAUUUCACUCUUAUAGUUAUUUCCUAAUUUCUCUUUGCAUGAUGCAGAAGUACCUGAAGAAAUGAUAAAUUUAUUUUUUGUAAGUGCUCUUUUAUGGCGUAGAAGCGAGUACCUAAUGAUUUUUAUUCUAAUUUAUUUGAGAUCAGAUUAACAUUUUUUUCUUCAAUUAUUUUUUGAAUCCCGUAAUUUUCAUUGUUUGUUGGGCGUCAGAAAAAUAAAAGAUUGCACACAUUUUUCAAUAGGACGUAUUUAAAUCUAAAGAAACUAUGUCCAUUGCGACAUGAGCCUUGUCAUGCAUCCAUUCUCAUGGAUCUCAGAGCUUAUAUCGGAGUGGAUAUAGUUUCUUCUGCUUUAAGAACGUCCAAUUGUGGUUCUCACUGCUGCAGAAUUAAAAAAUCAUGUGAGCUCCAAAUAACUUUAAAGCAGUGUGCCUUUUUUCAACAUUUUUUCCUGCUCAGCGUUCCAUUUUUCUAUUUGUAUUUUUAAUAAUGAGAAUUCCUCUGGGUUUUUUCCUUUUUUGCAAGUUCCUCCUUUGAAGGGCAUAUUUCAAACUUCAACACUCAUUGAAUGUCAAAUGAUUUUUUUGAGAAUUGGUAAACAUUUACAUUUAUGCCUCUCUUAAGAGAUCAUGUACAGCUAUAACAGUCUUUAAGGCUGCAUGAGCCGUUUUAAAAUAAAAAGACAUAAUAUGCAAACAAAAUGAAAUCAAAUGAAAAUAUUAACAGUCAUCUUGGUAAUCUAAAAUUCAUAAAGUUAAAAGAGACUUUUUAUGAAACAGACAAUUCAUUGACAAAUUAUUGAAUAUCAGCUUUGUUUAGGCAUGGAAACCUUGAAUUGAGAGGUACUUACAUGAAGUUAUUUUCCAUGGUACAAAGCCACAGUCUUGCCCACAAUUUUUAAUUAAGUUAUGGUUUUUCCCUGAUUUUUAUGUACUGUUAAUUAAAAUUUUGCUGACCGAUUGAAAAAAUUUGGGUUGCCUCAGAUUUCCUGAUUUAAAAAUUUUAGGAAGACUGAGGAAAAAUUUAAAAGUUGGUGUAGAACUUGUUAUAAGAAUGUAGGAGCAAUGCUCUCAAGAGUUGAGCACAUCUUUGACACGACGAGGGCUAAAGAACAAUACCGCUUAACUGACAGUUUUGGCGAAAAUAAGUUAGGGACUUUCCCACAUGCUUCAGUAUAAAAUACGCAAACAAUGGGAAUCCAAUUCCGCUUGAGAGCGCUGCAAUCAUGUAGUAAUGUAUAAAAAAAAAUUGCAAAUCUAACCUUAAAAUCACAAUAGUGUCGAAUUCUUUUCUUUGCCCUACAAACGUCAGUUUGCAAAUAGGCGGUACUGUUCCUUAGCCAUCGCACCAAUUUUUGACAAAAUUUUUAAGAGUGACUUACUGGAAGAGGCCUCCAAGCAGUAGAAUUUUGACGAACAUCAACAAAACUCUUUUAAGCAAGACUCACGGUUUUACUAUUUUUGGGCUCUCCUCACAUUUAUCAUGUAAGAUGGAAAUUGAUGGAUUAGGUACUUAUUCAGCAUCUAACUUUAAAACUUUGAAAAAGUAAUUUUCAAGGAUUUAAGAUUCUUCAUCGUUUUAAGAAACAAAUGAAAACAACUAUUGGUAACUCUUUCAUUUUGAAAUGAUGCGUACUCUCCAUCCCCCAACAUAUGUAAGCUAAAAGCAGAUAUGCCCUGUUCGCUUUCUUUGUGCUAAAACUGAAUGUGUAUUAUGCAUGAUUAAAAUUGUUUUGUAAUUUUUCUUUUUUCAUUUAUUCGUUUUAAUUUUGAUGUUUUACUUUUAGGAGAUUGUUUUGUUACGUAGAGAUGGGUUGUAUUUUCUAAGUUCGUCUGGAGGGAAUGAACUUCUGCCGGAUAAAUUUCCUUGAAACCGAAGAAUGUUUGAUCAUUUGUUCCUACGUUCCUCCCUCUCCCCCCUCUUUCCCUUUCCCCCCCAAAUAUUGAUCUUCAAUAAAAAUAGUUCAUAAAGAGAAGAAAAUGAGCUGUCAUUUAUUCUUCACAAAACGAAAA